AUGAGUUGGGCGUGCGGUGUUGAGCUCGACUUGAACGAGCCUGCCGAAGUUGAAAAGCAGGGGGCACCCGUGCGCUUUGCUUGGGUCGAGCAGCAGCGGGAGCCACCUCCAGAACCUGCCAUCGUCCAUGACACUGCCUCGUUCCUCGAGGAAAUCACUCGAGUGGACGAGGAACGAGAUCAAGCCGAUACCACACGCGCCAAGCGCAAGAGGGACGAUGGUGCCCACGGCGCUGCGAGCCGGGCAGAGAGGACGAUAGAGCGAUACUACGAUCACCGGCUCGAGGAAGAAGGGAGCAUUAACAACAAGAAGAGAAGAAGCGAGGGAACAGGGGGAGUGAUGAAACUCGAUAGUGCGGUAAGCGGUCGUCAUAGCGGCUUCGAGGUGGUCGAGUUUCAGCUUGUGUGCCCGAUCGCCAGCUUCGACAUCAGACGAAAGCAGGGCGAUGCGCUCAAGGCUGAGGUCGAAAGGCAGCCGGUCAAGUGCAGGAUCCCACCGUUCGAGAUGAAAGGCUCCGGUGUUGGCGUGAUCACGGCGGACGGUCACGCAAAGAACAUCCGCUCACCUCACGAAAUGAUGGCAUCUGGCGCGUGUGCCGACCUGGACAUGGGCGAGGCCACGUUCACCUUCCCCGUCGGCUUUCGCUUCAACAGCCACGUCGAGCUUGAAUUCUUUUAUCACAUGGACAUAUACGAGCCAAAGCUAUGCACUGGGGAAUUGUGCUGCCCGAGCACUAUGGCGGGAGCGCUCACAGACACCGACUACUAUCGGUCCGAUGGGUACGACGCCAUCUACACGGAUCGGCAUCGGUAUGAACUACGCUUCGAGGACCGCGAGCGAAAGUCGCGUGCCAUCUUCAAGGGCCGCAUCUUGCGUGCGGACCCAGAUGGGUCCGCCUGGGCCGAUCUCAUCCUGCGUGCGCUCCCCAUCGGACACACCUCUCAGCCGGUGAAACGCGCCGAAGAGGAGGAAGAAGAGGAAGAGGAGGAAGAAGAGGAAGAGGAGGAGGAUGAAGAAGACUAA